AUGUCGACGACCGUUGGCGCUUUUAUCGCCGGUGGCAUCGCCGCUUGCGGCGCCGUCACGGCGACCCAUCCUUUUGAGACGGUCAAGAUUCGCAUGCAGUUGCAGGGCGAGCUCCAGAACAAGGGCCACCAGCCUCACCACUACCGCGGCCCCAUCCACGGCGUGAGCGUCAUUGUGCGCAACGAGGGCGUCCGUCGCAUCUACCGCGGCAUCGGCGCCGCCUACAUCUACCAGGUCCUCCUCAAUGGCUGCCGUCUCGGCUUCUACGAGCCCAUGCGCCAUGGCCUCGCGACUCUCUUCCUCAAGGAUGGCAAGGCCCAGAACCUCGGCAUCAACAUGCUGUGCGGUGCCUCAUCGGGCGUCAUCGGCGCCGCUGCCGGCAGCCCUUUCUUCCUCGUCAAGACCCGUCUCCAGAGCUACUCCGAGUUCCGACCAGUUGGUACCCAACAUCAUUACCGAGGCGCAUGGCAUGGUUUCAAGUCCAUCUACGGCAGCGAGGGUAUCACCGGCCUCUACCGCGGCGUGCGAGCUGCUAUGAUCCGAACCGCCUUUGGUAGCUCCGUCCAGCUCCCUACCUACUUCUUUGCGAAGCGCCGUCUUGUUCGUCAUCUUGGAAUGGAAGAGGGUCCUGGUCUGCAUCUUGCUUGCAGCGCUAUGAGUGGUUUCGUCGUCUGCUGCGUCAUGCAUCCUCCUGAUACGGUCAUGUCCCGUCUCUACAACCAAAACGGAAACCUGUACAAGGGCGUUAUCGACUGUCUCUCCAAGACAGUUCACUCCGAGGGUGUCUUUGCCCUGUACAAGGGUUUCCUGCCUCAUCUCGCCCGAAUCCUACCCCACACCAUCCUGACGCUCAGUCUGGCGGAGCAGACGAACAAGCUGGUACGCAAGGUCGAGGAUCGCAUCCUGCCUAGGAUGGAAAUGGCAGCUUAA